AUGGGCUCUGUUCGGGAUACCGCCCCCAAGGGCGGCUUCGGUCUUGUUCUUCAGAACCCCUAUCUCUGUGGAGUAGCCUCGUUCUCAACGCUCGGAGGAUUGUUGUUCGGCUAUGACCAAGGCGUCAUCAGCGGUGUGAUCACCAUGGAGUCCUUUGCGGCCCGGUUCCCGCAUGUUUUCUUGGACAGUGGGUUUAAGGGAUGGUUUGUGUCGACCCUCUUACUAGCUGCUUGGUUCGGGUCUUUGGUGAAUGGUCCCCUGGCUGAUCGACUUGGACGGAAACUUUCCAUUAAUAUCGCCGUGGCGAUUUUUGUGGUUGGGUCGGCUAUCCAGUGUGCGGCUGUGAACAUCCCGAUGCUUUUUGUUGGCAGAGCUAUUGCUGGCUUGGCUGUUGGCCAGCUGACCAUGGUCGUGCCUCUUUACAUUUCCGAGGUAUCCAUUCCUGAGAUCCGCGGGGGACUGGUAGUAUUGCAGCAACUUUCCGUUACCCUGGGAAUCCUGAUCAGCUACUGGAUUGACUAUGGCACCAACUACAUUGGCGGCACCCGCUGCGCCCCUAGCAUCCCCUACACCGGCGGGACAGCUUCGUCGCCCACCUUCGAUCCCUACCAUGACAUGCCAAUCGGCGGCUGCACCGGCCAGUCCGAGGCAUCAUGGCGUCUUCCCUUGGCGCUGCAGAUAGUCCCCGCCGUGAUCCUAGGCAUUGGGAUGUUGUUCUUCCCAGACACGCCUCGCUGGCUACUGAUGAAAGAACGGGAUGAUGACUCACUGGUCGCGCUCUCUAGACUGCGUCGACAAUCUCGCGAUAGUCCUGUGCUCUUAAACGAGUAUCUGGAAAUCAAGGCGUCGAUCAUGCUUGAGAACACCUUUGCCAAAGACAACUUUCCGAAUCUCUCUGGAUUUAAACUACAUGUUGCGCAAUACCUCUCAUUCCUAACCACCUGGGCGCGCUUCAAGCGGCUGGCAAUCGGUUGCUGCGUGAUGUUCUUCCAGCAAUUCAUGGGCUGCAAUGCAAUGAUCUACUACGCACCCACAAUCUUCGCCCAACUCGGUAUGGACGGCAACACCACCUCCCUCCUCGCAACAGGCGUCUACGGCAUCGUCAACUGUCUCAGCACCCUCCCCGCCCUCUUCUUCAUCGACAAAGUCGGCCGGCGCGCCCUGCUCAUGGCCGGUGCCACGGGGACCUGCAUCUCGCUGGUGAUUGUAGGCGGGAUCCUGGGUGGCUAUGGGUCGCGGCUGGUGGACCAUAAGUCGGCCGGGUGGGCUGGGAUUGCGUUUAUCUACAUCUACGAUAUCAAUUUUUCGUACUCAUUUGCCCCCAUCGGCUGGGUUCUUCCGUCAGAGAUAUUCAAUCUCUCGAUUCGCUCCAAGGCCAUUUCGAUCACGACGUCGGCUACGUGGAUGUGCAACUUCAUCAUCGGCCUCGUCACUCCGGAUAUGCUCGAGUCCAUCUCCUGGGGCACAUACAUCUUCUUCGCGGCCUUUUGUCUACUAGCCCUAGCAUUUACAUUCUUCUGCAUCCCUGAAACACGGGGCAAGACCCUCGAAGAUAUGGACCUCAUCUUCGGCGAUACAGCCGCCCAUGAAGAGAAGCAGCGCAUCAAGCAUAUUGAGGCCGAGUUGCGCGGUACGAGGAUUGAGGAUGCGGCGGAUUUGAAGGUGUCGUUGGAUGAGCAGCGGGAGACUGUUGAUGAUGCAUAA